CCACUCUUCCUCAUCGUACAUGACAAAGUGCACGCGUCCUUCGUUGAUGGUUGCCGCACUAAAACAAAACCCAUGUUCGCACGACUACGUGCGUCGGUCACUGGUUAAGUUUGCGUUCGCUUCGUCACACUGCUUGACUCCACAGGAAAUCGAAAUUGAUGUAUUAAUGUCCAGUUUUCCCCUCCCCCGAGUAGUUUAAUUACCCGUGUGAAAAAAAUCGUUUUAAAGUAUCCAUUUUGAUUUUACCGCACUCAUUCCUUUCUUAAUCUUAUCCACAGCUGGUGUAAAAAGUCGGCGUUCAUCCUGCUACUUCUGGCACUGGUGAAGAUAUUGAAAUUUACACUCCUCUACGGCGCUUUAUUUCAUCGAAAGAGAGAGGAUGUUGUUUUCUGUCAUCACCGGACGACAGCGUGGGUCCUCCCAGAGGCAAGGCAGAGAGGAAGGGCUGUAUAAUCUUCCGAAGGAACAGAACACUGGUUCCUCAUCGACAAGAAGCUCUUUCUCCUCAAAAGCCGACAGUCAUCUUCCAGUGCGGCCCGCCCGGCCAUCACAAGAACUUCGGCAAGAGCCGGCUUCUGUGGAAGCGGAUGACGAAACUACACUAUCGAAUGACACAAAAAAUAAUCCACCUAAGGCCGCUUCGUACCUCUCGCAGACGGUAAACAAAUCUCUGCUGUUUCACUACUACGGCGAGGAUCUGGACAUGGAAGCAAUGAUGGGCAUGAUUGACACCGCGACGAAGCCUACCGCGGCAGAAAAUAGCCGUCCCAGUCGCGCCUCGAACCGGGCCAGCGCGCCGCCCCGGCCCCCGUCCGGCGCGGCAGCGCUUCAAAGACAAGGCUCGACGGCGAGCAACGCCGACAGCCGGCCGAUGGGGAGUAACGCGGAGCAGGUCCGGAAGUCUCUGUCCCAGAGUCUGCGCGGCUCGAUGGCGAUGGUGGACCACACGAAGAUGAAAUCGAGCAACAUGGGCAGUGGAGUUUCCGUGGUGCAAGCGAACGUGCCGGACCCGGAAACCGCGGGCGCGGAGAGCAACGAAAGUCAGCAAAGUAACGAGGAAGAGGAAAACAAGCCAAAGUCGUUAUCGCAGCUGAUGAACCGCAUCAGCAAGCAUAACUCCCAAUCCCUAAUAGCGGCCCAACGCGAUGAGGACAGCGACGCGUCCAAGGCCAGCGGCGUGGUGCCUUUGCCGCAGUACGUGCCCACGGACCGGACCGGGCGGAGCAUCAACCGGGUUAGCAUGUCCCCCUCGGGGACGCGCCGGGCCUCCCAGCGGACCUCGGACCGCACGUCCGCGCGCGCAACGGUGAACACGAGCUCCCCGCCCCCGCCGGGCGGUGCUGCUGGGGGUCAGCAGGAACAAGAAAAGCCGCGGGCGCCGAGCACGCGCCCGGUGCAGAAGUCCAUCGUGAACAUGGGCACCAUUCCCGGGUACCGGGCCAGUGGCCUCGACCGGGUCACCGUGAACGAAAACGUGGCGCGGCAGGUGACACAGCCCUCCGUGCGCGAGCCCUUCAAGUUCGGGGAGCAGAACAUUGUGGUCAGCUCCGGCUUGGUGGGCGAAAUGAUGAAGCUGCCGGAAAACCGAAAAAUCACCACCCCGAUGGCGGACCAGCAGCCCAGCACGAACCCGAACCGCGGAAGCAGUGGCGCUUCGGGCGCGGGCCGGAAUACCUUGUCCAUCAACAAGCAAAACCGGUUGCUGAUGGCCCACUCGACGCUCUCCUCCGAGGCCGCGCAGAAGAAGGCACAGUAUUUGAGCGACCAGUUCGAGUUCAAGAAGCCGUUUCUGGGCGCGGGCCGGGAAAACCGGACGGAUUUCUUCAAGACCCGGGCGGACCUGUACGAGACAGGGCUGCAGAUUGUGCUGGACAAGAAGUUGUUCGAGCCCGCGAUCUCUCUCCGGGCGGAGGCCCAGAUGGACGCCGUGGACUCCGGGAUGCGGGCCUUCAAAAUGCUGCACGACGCCUACAAGAUCCGGGCCUUCGCCGCGUGGAAGGACGAGACGUUUCUGCGCCGGCUGUACUACCUCCGCCCUCUGGCCAUGCGGGAGGAAAACGAGUGCCGCCGCAGCUUGUUGCGGCUGGCGUUCACCGCGUGGCUGAUCAUGUACGACGUGAUGGAGUUAUCCGAGUGAGUGCACCACUUGUUCGAUCCCCCUCGGUGGUCUCAUUUGUUCUCAUGCAAAAUCGCAAUGCCAGUCGUACUAGUUCUUCCCUUGUGUCGUGGUCACAACUUUUAAUUAUGCAUGAAGAAUUCAGGAUCCGGAAGUUCAGUGCCUCAAGAACUUUUGUUCUUUGCAUGCACAGGGUCGUCAACUUGAAGAAUAAGAAAUCGUGCGCGUGGCGUUUGUAUUGGUGUUCACACCUUUCCCUUUUAAAAACAAAUGAAGGGGACCACGAGGGGGAGUUGUGCACUCUGAUAGGGGAAGCAGGAGCGGAAAGAGAAGAAAAACUACGAUGACUACCGGCUGUCGGAAAAGCUGGCGCCAGCGGACUACAUCCCGUCGUUCGAGGAAACAGAGUAUGCCUUGCAAAUAUCGACCUGGGUCUUGAUUUCUGAUGCGAAAGCUAAAGGACCUGAAGACUUGUGAUGCAUGACCUUAGGAGCGACCACCUACACCUAGUGCUAGUAUCUUUUCUUUUGUGCUGCUGGAAGAUGAGGCUUUGCUAUGCAAAACAUAGUACAACUUAGAAUAGAACAAACUCGCAAUAACUAAACAGCCGAAGAAUUCGGGACGCGUUCUUCUUUCAUGUUGCCUUACUUGCAAAACAUAUGCUCUAUCUCUGUCACGCUAUAAUACUUCUGAGCAUGAUGUGCGCGACGAGAAGUCGCGCGGUUUUAUCCAGCAGAGCCAGAUCGAUAUUUCUAAUGCAUACAGGGGAGAUGGAGUUCCACGAGGGCAACCGCAUCAUCCGUCCCCAGGACGACACGGGCCGGCUCGACGUCCACCGGGCGAGCCAGAGGUCGACGACCGCGACCCGAGCGACCGCCGCGAUGCUCGACGGUGCGGCGGGCGGGCCCAGAGUCCUGCAGCGCGCGGACACGGACCACCAUGAGUUCAUCGCGCCCUACGAACAACGGGCGCCCAGCGCGAAUUUGGGGCGGAAGUCGCAGAUGACCGGGGUGGAGAUCGACCCCGACGACCCGGCCGUGCUGGGGAGAAAGUCCGGCACGCAGGUGGACAUCUCCCCCGACGCCGAGCCCGUGCUGGGCCGCAAGUCGCAGCGCACCAUGGUCGACAUUGUCCCCGAGGAGAAGGACCCGCACCUCGCGAGGAAAACCAAAAACACGAUGGUGGACAUCGGCCCCGACGCCCCGGACGAGAAGACGCUGGGGCGGAAAUCGAAGCGGACGAUGGUGGAUAUCAGCCCCGACGGCUUUCUCCGGAUGGACGGCGAGAAGCCGCGCGACAGUGCGAAAGGUGCAACGGACAAGAACCUACCCGCGUAUUUGAUGAAACCGAAGCGCAACCUGGACGCGGGGUGGAUGCGCAAGCAGGGCUCGCACGAGGAAGAGGGGGUAUUUGUCAGCAUGCCACGGGGACCGGGGGGACCUGCAAACAACGACCCACGAUUCUUCAUGCAACAGUACUGAUGUUUCAUUGGAAGUAGAUAAAAGUACUAGUUUUGCUUUCGCUUUAUUUGAAUACAGCUCACUGAUAAUUUAUGCUUCAUCCAAAAAUCUUGAAAGAAUCGAUGAAUAGCAACAAGUCUUUACAUCCUAGCUGAUUUUACCAUGCGCAAUAGAUAAAAAUAGAAAUACGGUUACGGUUUCGGAUCAUGCUGCAUGUGAAAAAAACGGAAAGAACAUCAAGCAAGAUAUUAGUUACCCUCCUGCACUUGUUCCAUCUUAACUUUGACAGGCAAAAGCCGACAAAAAUCGUGACGCACCGGGGCGUGGAUGUAGUGGCGGACCACGACCACAUCAAGCCAGCCGACACCUAUGUCCGGCGGUCCGUGGACCACCGGCCCCAGGCGAUCCUGAACCAUAUGGAGCGGUCGAAGCGCAUCUACAGUGGGAAGGGCCGUAUUGACGUGGCGCACGGGCAGGCCGGGCCCGAUAGCAGGCCGGAAUCGGGCAUGGUGGACACGCGGAAGCAGCUGGACGAGCUUGGUAAUAUGAUGGCGGACAUGGCCCUAGGCGGCGAGGGGGAGGAGACACCAAAACUCACGGCGGGUACGGAUAACCUCCCCUCGGGGGGGAGCACAGGAGCUCCGAUGUUGAGUAGUUUUCCGCCACCAGGAGCCGCCGCGGAGGGGGCACAGAUUAUGACCAUGGCCGCUCCGGAGGGCGAAGCAGCCGACGAGGCGAUGGAAAUGGGAGACGAGGAAGAGGAAAAGCAGGCUAAUAUCGACACGCAUGUGUCAUCUGUGCGCGCAAUGGUCAAGGCCAGCUUUCGCCGGUUUACCAGCAGCGGAAGGCUGGCGAUGCGGGGAUAGAAGAAAACCCGGAGAGCUAUCAAAAAUGCUAGACUCGUUUUUUUUCUUUUUUGAACUCAUUUUUUUUCGUAUUUUUUUGUUAAUUCUAAUUGCGACAGCGAGUUUUUGACUAAAUAACGCAAACUUGUGACCACAAAACCCUUCACGAGGAAUUCAUUGGUGGCACCACACUCUACAGUAUAUUUUUCUACUUCCAAGUUCAUGUUUUACUUUAUGCAUAUAUACAAGUUCAAGUUCGUGCAUCAUGUUGAGACCCGUAAAUUUUAUUCAAUCAUCAUAUUGAGAGCCGUAAAUUUUAUUCAAUCAUACACGCAUCGUGCAUCCCAAAAGUAAGUUUAAGUUUAACGUUAAGCAUUGUCCGUUUUCGCCCUCGUCGUUUUUAUUUCUCAUGAUCAAAAUCUAUUAAAUCAAAUCAGUAGCCGACGAGUCCCCGGCUGCAAUCAAUUUUGCAGGGGAUUGGUCCGUGCAAGUUCUACCCAGACCCCCCUCUCUACAUAUUUUCACAAAUAAAACUCUCUUCCACAAGCGAUAAUGCCUCGCCUGUGAAACUGACUGUGCAAUAAUCUGUAACUGUAUCCACCCAGCUUCAGUCCAUUCCCCCAUCUAUGACUAUAAGGACAAAGUCGUUACAAAUUUAGUUCAGACGGAUCAUAUGAAGGCGCCGUGAGCAUAGGUGAAGUUCGUUGUAUCUAUACCUGUAUAGAGAGUUGUGAAGGAGCUCCACAAAGCGCAAAACACUUCCGCAUGCUAUUGCAGCAAUGGCAAUCCUAUUGUUCCUUGCUCUGCUAACUCAUGUCGUCGGACGAAGCAGAUGCGUAACGCAACUUUUUGCUGGGAGAAUGAGACUAGCGAACAUUUGUUGGUCGGGUAUCCCCCACAAGUCAGAAAAUCCCCUCAACAAGAUCUACGUGUUUCUGAUUCUGUGUCUGUCCAAUCGAAGCAG